CACCAAGCUAACAAAUGCUACCACAAAUUCUCUGAUAAGAUACUUGGCCAGGUCCUAAGCCGGAUUGCGUGCAGAGAUAUUCUAGGAAGCCUUCCAUCCCGGGACGUCACACGGGCUUCAGAGAGGUACAUCAUCAUGAAGGUGUUGGCUGUUGCCUUGUGGGGUGCUGCCAUCCUGGCACUCGCUAGCACUGUCUAUGCUGCAGAGACCAAGGAGGGCCGAAAGAUUCUACAAUACCCGCGCUACGGGCAAUCCAUUGGAGGAGCUGCAGUUGACAACAACGUCGGAUGGAGCAACGCAGAUGCAAACGGGUACUCUGUUGUGGAAGGGGUGACCUGCGCAGCAGGAGAGGUGGUGUGCCACGGCAGGGCGGAGUGUGUGAACCUGCUUGACAACCUGCUGUACUGCGGAUCCUGCAGCAACUCCUGUGACUCCUUCUCACAAGUCUGCAGCAACGCCGUGUGCGUGUGCAAGGCCGGUCUGUCGCCGUGCGCAACCUACGGGGGUCGCUGCCUGGAUGCAGACUCUUGCCCCAAGGGCCCUUCCACAAUGUCCAAUGAAAACAACUUGGUGGAUGUCAACACCCAGUUUUUGGGCACAAACCCGAGUGAUAUGAUCUCCCAGAUAAUGGGUUGAAUCUCAAUCAAAACACCCAGUCAAGUCCUGAAGUGGAGAUGAAAACUGUACGAUCAUGGUGAUAAGAACAGCACUAGUGGAGGCAGAAAUCCUUUUGGAGGAGGCAGCCCCAGUGAGUGAAAGUGAGAACGGUGAUCUAUACCACUUUGCGGCUGUACAGGUUUUGAGUAAUGAUCAGUUUGCAGAUCAUAUCAAUUGAGGAUACCAGAAUAUCCACGGACCUGGCCAAACCUGCACAAGUUGAUGGUAUGUCGGUGGCUGUGACCAUCAGUGAACAUCAAAAUUGUCAAUCUGUUCAGCAACACCAUGAGGAUCUUGAUUACUGCUAUGUUGAGUUCCACGAGCUGAUCAGAGAAAUAGUCUUUUCUGGAAACAUUUCUGUGAAUACAGCAGCCCUGAAUACAGCAGCCCACCAAUAGUGCUCUGUGACCUCAGAAUUCUGCUUGCAAGAUCUGCUUUUACUUUUGCAAUGUUAGCAGUCUUGCUUCGAUCCAAGAGCACCUGUGAUGAAGCUGCAGCUGAAAGACAGCGGUGCAUUUUCUUAUAUGAACCCUGCUAUGUAUGGUGCCCAUUAAUGGUUGGACAAUUCACAGC